AUGAUCCCAGUGCAGCCUAUUCAGCCUUUGGUUCCAGUUGAUCCAUCAUACGAUGCAUUUGUGAAGGCCUUAGUGGAGUUAGACCUUGAAUUUGCACAUCCUGAGAUGUUUUACUUUGCUGUGGAACUAUUCUUUUCGACUCCGCACAGGCAACUGUUCUUGGCUUUACCAUCUCAGGCAUAUAUGAGUACAAGUUCAACAAGUAGUUCUAGUUCUAGUAGUAGUGAUGAUAUGGUUGACAGUGAACAAAUUAAGAUCAUUACUUUAGCCAAGCAAUACCUUGAUGGAAGGACUUCCAGUAAUGCUUCAAGGCAAAAAAAUCCAUGUCGGACUUGUACAUUAAAAGGUCAUGAUUGGGUUGUGGAUGUCCUUCAAGGCCACCCCGUUCGCUGUCAUGAUGCAUUUAGGAUGCCGGUUGAUGUUUUUAGGAGAUUAUGCAUGGUUUUAAGGGAUGAUCAUGGCCUCACGGGUUCGACAAAUGUGAGCAUUCCUGAAAUGGUUGUGAUGUUCGUAUAUACAUUGGGACAUGCUCAGUCAAACCGUGAUAUCCAAGAGCGAUUUCAACAUUCUGGUGAGCCUAUUAGUCGCUUGUUCCAUACGGUAUUGCUUGCUGUUAUGAAAUUGUCGGAGGAAAUAAUCAAACCUCGUGGCAACUCGUUGCAUGAAACUCCGAGGUAUAUAAGAGACCAUGCAAAGGUUGAAUAUCGUAUAUGCUUCAAGGAUUGCAUUGGGGCACUAGAUGGGUGUCAUAUCUCGGCUAUUGUAAGUCCGGAGAAUAAACCAAAAUAUGUUGGGAGAAAAGGUGUCCCCACACAGAAUGUACUGGCAGUGUGUGACUUCGAUAUGAUGUAUACAUACAUAUCUGUUGGAUGGCCGGGCUCGGCGCAUGAUAGUCGUGUUUUGGAACAUUCUCUGCGUGUGGAGAGGCUAAAGUUUCCGAAGCCACCUCUUGGUAUGGAAAUGGUUUUUACCAAUAUAAACGUUGUUGCUUUACUCAGAAAUGUCAUCGAACGAACUUUUGGGGUUACAAAGAAGAAAUGGCGGAUAUUGAAUUCAAUGACUUCUUUUCAUAUAAGGACCCAGUCAAUGAUUGUUAUUGCUUGCAUGGCCCUGCAUAAUUUUAUCCGGCUACAUGCUGCUGGUGACGUUGACUUUGUUGACAUUGACUCACCGUCCACUAGCGAAGAUGCCUACAUGACUGAUCUCGGCACUCAAAAUGUUGAAAAUGCAGAAGAUGAAUAUUUAGUAAUUGACGAUACGAGUAUGUCUCAGUUUCGGGAUAUGCUUGCCGAACAACUUUCUAUCGUGUGA